CGUCUCUGCAGAUGGCGGGCUGCGGGGCACGCAAGACAUCACCGAGAUGCGUGACGCAGCGCGCAGGACCGGCCCCCCGCGCGGUGCGUGCUCGCUGCUCUCCCCGCUGCCACAAGUUUCCUGGCAAAAAAUAUCGAUAUUCGCUCUGUGCGUAAGGCUGCAGCGGUGGGCCGGUGGCAGGUGGCCUCGGACGGUGGUGUGCAGCGCGGCGCGUGGUGCCAGUGCGUGGUGCCAGUGCAGGCGGUGCGUGGCGCGCGGCGCGGCGGCGCGGCCCGGGCGGCAGUCGCUCGCAGCAGGCGGCCGGCUCGGGUCGCUCGGCAGUCGGCAGUCGGCCCCACGCGCUCGCGAUACCGACCCCCAGGUACGGACGGACGCGCCGGUGCGUUCCCGCUGCGACCCCUUACCGUUGGCCCGCUAACACAUAUGCACUUUUCAUUCAUCGCAUCGUAGAUAUCCACACAAUGCCACUAGCGCAUCUGUUGGACAUGUAGUCGCAUGUGCGUUCGUGUAAGGAUCCCGGUUCUAUCGCGAGGAAGAUUAAGGCUUCUUCACAUAAACUGAUACUGGACGCUUCGAACUAGCCGUUCAUAACAAUAUACCGUAAUAGACUAUUGUUAUAUAGUGCUUUCAAUUAGUAAUACUCUAAGUGCCUCCAUUAAUGCUCUGAUCAUAAUUUAAGUUCACAAGUUUGAUCAAUUGAUCAAUUAGAAACACUAGAGUACCGUUCUUUCAAGUGUUGUAACGAAAUAUCUUAUUAUUAUAAUAACUUUGUUUGAACGAGAUAUAGUGAUUUAUUCCACGAAGCUGAUAAAUCAUUCAACGAUGUUAUAAAGUGAUGGGGGUGUCGUGGCUAGAGCGGUCUAGUGGCGCGGCGCGGGCGGGCGGCGCGCGCGUGCGGGCGGGCGCUUGCGCGGGCGCGUAGGGCGGCGCGGUGGCGGCUGCGCGCGCGGCGGGUGCGGCGGCGCAUGCACGCCACCGGCCACACGGACCGCUCGGGCGGCGGCGGCGGCGGCGGCUCCUGGCGCCUCCCGCCCGACGAGACGCUGCAGGUCGCCGACCCCAAGUCUGCCAAGGAAGACGAUCUAUACCCGGGAGAUGGCCACAACUGGAGGAGCAUCAUAUUCUCGCUGAUGGUCAUCAGUUUUGUGAUAGCUGGCAUAGUGACAGCAAUUUACUUAUUAGGCUAUGUGGACGAGUUGCUGUACUGGUCGGGGCGGCGCAUGCGGCUGGACGAGUUCCUGCGCGGCGACCUGACGGGGGAGCGGCUGCCCAGCACGUGGGUGAGCGCGCACCAGCUGGUGUACCAGGCGGACGACGGCGGCCUGCUGGCGCUCGACACCUUCAACAACACCCUCAGCGUGCUCGUCACCAACCACACGCUAAGGCAACUCAACGUUCGCGGUUACCAGUGUUCCCCAAACUUGCGCUAUGUGCUCUUCCAACACAAUAUCAAGGAGGUUUAUCGACGGACUUUUACAGCGCACUACACAGUUUAUGACGUCACAAAUGACCACCACAUCCCGCUGUUCGGCGAGGGCCAGAGCAGUUGGGAGUGGCAGCACGCGGCGUGGCUGGGCCCGCAGGGCGCGCUGGUGUUGGCGGCCGACAACGAGGUGCUGUACCGGCCUGCGCCGCCCGCGCGCCGCGCGCCUCUGCUGCACCUCACCACCGACGCCAGCCCCGGCCGCGUCUACAAUGGUGUCUCCGAUUGGUUAUAUCAAGAAGAGGUGACAAAAACCUCAUCAGCGACUUGGGGCUCGUCCGACGGCACGUUCGUGAUGUACGUGCAGUAUGACGACAGCAAGGUGUCGGAGCUGAUGUUCCCCCGCAUGUCCAACGGCAUCGGCGGCGCUGGAGCCACCAGAUCCGGCUACCUGCUGCCCACCGCUAACAAUAGCCUGCCUUCUGUGUUUCCUGACCACGUGUCUGUUAGGUAUCCUACGCCUGGCAGUUCUAUACCACAAGCGAAGUUAUCGAUUGUGGCAGUCCAAAACGUAACUUCACCUCCAAGAUGGGAAGUCAAACCUCCUAAUACUUUAGAUGGCAUGGAAUAUUAUCUCAUAUCAGCUCAGUGGGUAGGCAAAGAAAAUUCUCAUAUAGGUGUAGUUUGGAUGAAUAGAGCGCAGAAUCUCACUGUGUACAGUAGCUGUUAUGCACCAAAUUGGACCUGUACAGAGACGCAUUCAGAGAAAGCUACUGACGAACCCUGGUUGGAAGUUCACGAACAGCCCGUGUAUUCGGAAGAUGGCAGUGCCUUCCUACUUUUAGCGGCAGUGCAAGAAGGCGGUGGUCAAUAUUACACACACAUCAAACAUGUAGAUGUUCUGAGACAACGUAUGGCUGUCCUAUCACAUGGUAAAGUCGAAGUCGCCAAAAUCCUGGCAUGGGACCAGGAGAAUCAUUUAGUUUAUUAUUUAGGUAGCGCAGAGAGACCGGGCCAAAGACAAGUUUACGUGGUCCGCGAUCCAAAUUACGGUGGUGGGAGCAACUCUGUGAGAGCUCGCGCCGAACGCGAAGAACCCCGUUGUCUGACGUGCGAGCUGGCAGUGUGGCCCGCUCGGUUGCACUAUGCUAACUGCACCUUCUGGAGUGCCAUAUUCUCCCCCGCCAGACCGAAGCUUGGUAUUACCCAUUAUGUUCUGGAAUGUGGGGGGCCGGGACCGCCACUCGCGGGACUUCACGACGCUAGAACACAUAAGUUAGAGAGAAUAUUAUACGAUACGAGGCCUUAUAGAUCAGUACGAUUACGUGAGUUGGCGUUGCCCACUCGGAGAUCCUUCGACGUGCAGCUGAGCAGCGGGUCCCGCGCGCGCGUGCAGCUGUUCCUGCCGCCCUCGUGGCGGGAGGAGCUGCGGGACGCUGCGUUUCCUGUCCUCGUUCAAGUGGACGGGCGACCCGGCAGUCAGCAAGUCACCGACGAGUUCCUCUUAGACUGGGGAACGUACAUGUCCUCACGUAACGACGUAGUGUACGUUAAAUUAGACGUGGCGGGCGCGCGCGGCCUUCCCCGCGCGCUGCUGCGUGGUCGCCUCGGCGGGGUCGAGGUGGCUGAUCAGUUGGCUGUUAUUAGAUAUUUAUUAGACACAUUCAAAUUUCUGGACGUGACGCGGGUGGCGGUGUGGGGCUGGGGCUACGGCGGCUACGUGACGGCCAUGCUGUUGGGCUCGCAGCAGGCCACGCUCAAGUGCGGUAUCGCCGUGUCGCCCAUCACCGACUGGUUGUACUAUAACGUAGCAUUCACGGAGCGCAUCCUGGGCCAGCCAUCGGUGAACUACAAGGGGUACGUGGAGGCGGACGCGUCGCAGCGCGCGCACCACGUGCCGCGACACGCCCUGUACCUCAUCCACGGCAUGGCGGACAUGAGCGCGCCCUACCCACACGCGCUGCAGCUGGCCCGGGCGCUCACUGAUGCCGGCGUGCUGUUCCGACAUCAGGCUUACGCUGACGAAGGGCACGACCUCAAAGGCGUCAUCGAGCACGUUUACCGAUCCAUGGAAGAUUAUCUCCGAGAGUGCCUGUCUCUUGACCCCGAAGACACCAAGCUGCCUCCGCCAGAUAGAUAAAAUUAUACCCACUUAGACAAAGUGUCGCAUAAAACACUAUUCUAUAGUCUGGCAGGUUCAUUGAUGACACUCCCAUGAUAUGCGGGCGACGGGGGGAAAGACUGCGCGGGUGUGAAAUCGUGCGUGCGGGGAAGUGAGGUGCAUCAUUCGUGGGUUUUUCAUUCAUCACUACACGCCCCCCGGCCCGCGCGGACUAUCGGGAGUGUUACGAACGAAGUUGCCAAGCUAUACCAUUCUAGGUUACGUGAUAUAUUUGUUAUCAUAAUUAUUAUUCUGUAAAUAUGUAAAUUGAAAUAGUAAAUUAAAUUAUUGUGUUCUUCAUAAUGUUAAGUUUAGUUUACGCCUUCAAUUGAAGUUAGAUAGAGAAAAAAAUAUGGUGACGUAUGUAUGUAGUUAAUAAUUUAGGACAAAUGUAAACUGCAGGCCUAACAUGCGCGCCACGACAUAUCUCGUGAAGACUAAUCGACCAAUAGCGGCCGCAACGGAAAUAUCGUACUCUCUUUCGUCCCGACAGAGGUGGCCUCCAUGGCGCAGUGGUAUGCGCGGUGGAUUUACAAGACUGAGGUCCUGGGCUUAAUCCCCGGCUGGACCGAUUGAGGUUUUCUUAAUUGAUCCAGGUCUAGCUGGUGGAAGGCUUCGGCCGUGGCUACCAUCCUACCGGCAAAGACGCGGUACGUCUAUCAAGCGAUUUAGCGUUUCGGUACAAUGUUGUGAAACCGAAAUGGGUGUGGAUUUACAUCCAACGCCUAACAAGUUAGCCCGCUGAUCUUAGAUUAUAUCGUCACUUACCAUCAGGUGAGAUCAGAUCAAGCUAACUUAAAAUGAAUAAAAAAAAGCAAAAGUGAUAUUUCCAGUGCUGCGCUAUUGAACGAUUUGCUUUCACGCGAUAAUGUCGUGGGUAGUAUGUUAGGCCUACUGAAGCGUUACGUAACUACGAGUAUUAAUCUAAAUAUCGAAAGUAAAUGAGGGUGUCAAAAUGGAUAUCAAAAAAGACUUCAGACCUAACCUAUGUUGUUACUGAAUCAUCUAACAAUAAUUGUCCAUUGUGACAUCAGUAUACAAACUAAAGGUUAUCAUGGCCGGUAUUAAAAAAGGUUUAAUAUUGUUUUUGUACUGAUUAUUAAGUAUUUAGUGCUUACCCUAAACAAAUUCCGUGCACACCACUGUAGCUACUUAAUUCUUUGAUACUACAGCUAAUAUCCCUCACUAUACAACUCGUGCGACGAUCUAACCAAAACUUGAAUCCUCCAUCUGAACCCUGGAGACGAUGAUUUGUUAACAAUGCUGAAUUUUGUAUAUAAUCUGGAGGUAUGCUCUACUUCUAUAUCGUCGAUCGAGAUGUAAUAGCUCGUACGUGCAAACUGACGAACUUUACAGGAGAGACAAGAAACAUCUUUUAGGUGUCACUAAAAGUCGUUUUAUGCGACCAAAAACGUUUAUAAUGUAUGUACUACAAGAUAUUUACGGGCUACCACCGGAAAAGCUGAAAACCAAAAAUUGUUAGUUACGAGGUAUCACAUCUAAGCCGACGAUAUGAUUUCUUAGAUAUAUUAUUCAUCUGAAUCCUGAAGCGGUUUUAGUACAUUAGCAAUUAUUUUCUACUUCCUAUCAGAGAGCAUAAACUUUACUUUCUAACCUUGAAUACCAAUAAGUUGAUUUUACACCAGAAAAAGUGUUUUUAUAUAAACGUAAAACAACAGGAAAUCAUUAAGACUUGCUUACAAAAGAACCUAUUUACAAAAAUAUCAAAUAGUUUUCAAGUUAGAUACGAAAACUUUACGCAGGUAAAGUCGAUAUCGUCUGCUAGUAUACAAUAUUUAGUAAAUAAAAGUAUGUAUUACUUAAUCAUCUUAUGAUUACUAUAAAGAGUUCACUUCGUUAUAAAUUUGCAAAUCAAAAUGUAAAAAGUAUGUAUUUUAUAGGAUAUCGAUACAAAAAAUCGGAAUAAGUAAUUUAUUUAACAAAAUCGUUCUUAAAAGUAAUGUCAAUAAAAUGCGGCUUUUGCAACUUUCGCCUUUAUGUCGUCUUUACUAAAUUUCACUUAAAUCUAGAUUUUAACUAAAAAAAAUCUCAUCAUGGUUGCCAUUCUAUUCAAUCCAAGUCAAUUUUGUAUUCCGACGGCGUUGAUAGGGAAGUCUUUCGUGGAAAUUUUAAAUUAUUCGACCAUGUAGUACGAGAAGAAAUACAUACUCUAAUCUGUAAUUUAUUUGGGGUAAGGGGGGUAAUAUAAGAGCAAAAAUAUUCACAUUGACACAUUGCAAAUAGGUUGCAUACUAAAAUUGCGGACGAAUAAUAUUAAAGCUACUUGAGUUUUUUUUUUAAUCUACUUCAUUCAUUGGUUAAUUAAGACAUAGUACACUAGUUACACUAACAGAAUUGAAAACGUAAAAGAUGCCUGCUUUCACGCUGCAAUUGUGGGGUUGCCAGAUAUAAAGAUUUGAAUUAAAUACCCUAAUCCUAAAUUAUUUAAAAACCCAUCAGUUAUUUAAUGGUCUAAUAUGUCAAACGAAAGCUUAUUUUAUUUAAGUUGCCCUUGAUCUAGUCCAAAGUUACCUAGGUUUUGUGAAAAAAAAUUGUAUGGCUGCCAGACAACUGCAAUUUAACUAGGAGUGACUUAGAGACUUGCAAUGUGUCAUUGUGAAUAUUAUCUAACACUUAUUUUUUAUCACUAAUAAAAAUAACGGUUAAGGGUAUAUAUUUGUCCUGCCGUAUGUUAAACGAAUGUAACACUUCAGCACUUCAUUAAUUUAUAAAUUAUUCAUUUUGACAUAGAACGUUAAUGCAGAAUGCGAACCUGCAGCUUACUGAUAUUAUAUACCUAAAAGAUAUAAAAUAAAAGAUAGUAAAACAAAUAUUGCGUCGACAACUGUAUCAAUUUUAUUGAGAUCCUAAUAGAACAGAUUCAUAAGACUUGUCAUCCAAUCCUUUUUCACAAAACAUUUUAAAGAGGUUUGCGCCACCCUAGCUAAUCUGAACUUUACCUGGAUACCUUAAUACUAUAAUGUGAUCAUAUUCAUAGCGAUACGAGCUUUACUUCCUAGGCUUUACUGUAACCUGUAGUCCUUUCUACUUCCAUCUUUAUAAAUCCACGGCCUGUAGCCAUGUGGCACGUCGAUUCCCUUUCUACAAUCACUAACGCUUCGAAAACUAGCAAAAUGUAUGGGGAUGACAGAUCCGAUCGACAACUUGAUCACGUGACUGUCGAUGGUGAAUGUCAUUGCCGUACAUUUUGUUAGUUUUGUAGAAAAGGAAUGGACGUGCCACAUUGCCUGAACAGUUAGAUACAUUAAUGAAGAGUUAAUGAUUAUAGCUACCUACCUUUGAUUUUUAUAAUAUACAUAGUGAAUAAAAAAUAUUUCAUAAAGAAUAAUGAGGAGCUUAUCAUUUAGGGAAUCUAUUAGGCAUUUACAAGAUAGCAGUUCUGUUUGAUCAUGAGUUACAGAUUUUUAAAGUUACUUUUUAUACAGUAAAAAACACUGUUUAAAGUACCUCUUACGAUAAAAUAUAUUAAAAUAACAUUAGUUAGAUGUGUAAUCGAAAGUUUCAUAUUGUAAUUUUUAGAAAUGAAGUGACCUUGAUCAUCCCUGAUCCUCAGCUGCUUUUGCUCCAUUAAAUCAUCUCCGAUCUUUCCUCUUAGUCGAUAAGUUGUAAAACAAUUCUUACAUUUCAAUUUUUUAAAGCAAAUACGUCUUUGUAACAAACUUUAGUGGCAAUUAAGUGUGAAUGUAAGUAUCAUAAACCUAAAAUCGCUACUUAUACACAAGAAUCAUAGCAGACUCUAAAACCCUAAAGCUUAGAUGGUACCUACACUGUUAUACCAACCGAAUCUUAGCCUAUUUACAUAGCGGAUACCAAAAGUUAUAGUGCUCGCCACGGAUCUUUAUGUUUGUGAAGUUAGCUGCAGAAUGAGUAUAGAUCGUGUCUAGCCGGCUCCCCGCCCGCGUCGUUUGUACCGUUAUUGAUUCAUUGCGCAGUCAUUUGUUGCUAACUUCACAAACACAAUAUCUCGUGGCGGGCACUGUACAUCAGACAGUUUAUUAUUUGUGUAAUCUCAGAAAAUUGUAAUAUGUAACGUAAUAGACUCAACAAUACUGGGUUAACAAUUUUAAAUAUUAAGCAUGUACAAAGUAGAAUAAAAUGAGCUAGAAAUCGCCUUCUUGUUAUAGGCAAUGAAAAGUUGGUGUGAAUCUACUGUUCAACCGUUUGCAAUGAUAAAUAAUAAGAUACUGUAUGCGAUAAUAUUGUUCUAGGCUAUCCAGUAUCCACUGACGAGAUAUGCCUUGAAAUUAAGAGCACAAAUUAUUAUAUUGGCAAAUUCGUUAAUGACAGUUCCAUGAUAUGCCUGCGACGAUAGGGAAGGACUGCGCGGGUAUGAAGUCGUGUGCGCGGAGCAUCGCUACCCUCCUCCCGGCCUCCGCGGACCACGGAGUGUUACGAACGAAUUUGGCAAGCGAUAUAAGUCAAUCUAUUCCAGGACUACCAUGUGGUUUAAGAUGUAGUGAAAAGAUGAGGGUGACAGACCAUGAGCGUUUGUGGGUAUAAAUUAAGCAACGUCAGUUGCUUUAGUUUUACACACAUACUGCUUGUAAACGUUUGUUUGUAUAUCCAAAACCAGAGACGACUUCCUGGAAUAGAUUAAUUAAUAAAAAUAUAAUAUUGCGACCAAUCAAAAUGGAUUAUAUUUGUCCGUCAAAAUUAACACGAGUAUGAAAGUAGUUCGAGAAAUUCAUGCAACAAUAGUGGCGCCAAUCGUAAACCUUCAUACUAAACUAAAUUAGCUUUAUCUAAUGUUCUACAAGGAUUGUGAUUUAAACUCGAUCGCGUUAAUUUAGUUUAAUUUGAAGAUCGAUUAUGUACUGCAUCAAUCUUUUCUCGUGUUUCAUUGAUCCUUUUUUAAUUGGUCUGAUAAGAGAUAGCACGUGCUGUAAAACAAAUUGGAUAUGUGUAUGAACGAUGUAGAUGUUGUUAAUUUCAUCUAAAUCUAACUGACGUAAGUAGGUAAUUCGUUGUUGUUGUAUAGAAAUAAUUGUCAGCCGAUAUUUGUUAAGUGUUAUCGGAUACCUGCAUAGACGCAUAUCGUACAUUCCAUGUUUGUGAAGACUGCCAAUUUGGUCUAAAUUUUACAAUUAAAAUACCUACGAUAUGUCGAAGACGUUAAUUUCAAUCGCCGUUAUGGUCUUAAGGAUGCUGUGAUUCUUCUAUUGCAAAAUUUUAUCAAUAUUGUAUUGGAUAUAUUAAAUAAAAUUAUAUCUGCAUCUGAUAUACGUAGGGCCUAGUCAAAUCGAAUUCGUUGUAAUUAUUAAAUAUAAUAUUUCUAAGAUAAACGUGAAUUUAAUACUUUUGAAAUUCUUCCAUAAUUAAAAUAUAAACUAUAUUGCUUUGCCCAAAAAUUGUAUAACAAACCUAGACAAUAUAUUACGGGCUAUGUAUACAUCACAAACAUAUGAAAUUUUAUAGUUAUUAUAAAACGAGAGAGUUCGGAAACCGGGUGCUUUAAAUUUUACAUCAUGUUAUAUUCAUUUCUUUAGCGGAUGGUCUAUAGUUAUACAAAAUAAUAAUAGUUAUUAUGAAACAUAUUGGCAUGCCAAAUACGAGUACCGUAUUGAAUAAACUUUACGUAUAUAACGGUAUAAUACAUUUUGCAGAUCGUGCUCACUUACGAGGUUGUACUUUGAGAAUCGACUCCAUUAAAAUAAAAGGAAAUGAAGUUUUCAGUAAAUAACACCAAUUUAAUACGUGUAGAUAAUUGUAUUAAAUUAUAUGACAGGUUGUUAUUAACCAAUAAUAGCACAAAUCGAUCUACAAACUCGAUUUAAUGCACGCCGCUUCUCUCUAUGGUCACCCUUUUUUCGUAAAUAAAGCCCUAGUCUUCCAGAGUAGCGAAAGCUUCCGACACUAUAUAUAAUACUUUUGGGGCAAGAAUGUAGGGAACUAUGUGAUGACUAUGUCAAUUAUUUCCUUAUCUCAAACCUGGUCAGCUACGUUUUUGUUCAUUUCGUAAGUAACAUUUCUCUUGUAAAUUAGUUUAGAUUUCUAUCCUAGUUUCCUCAGAUUCAAUGGAUGUGGUACGAGUAAUAAAUGUCGAUCAGUAACGCGUCUUUUAGAAUCCUUCUGCGCAACUGAACUGGACUCAGCACAUUGAUGCAAGUUUUGAUAUAAUUCAAUCCAUCCACGAUUCGCAAUAUAGCUUAAAAAUAUGGAAAAAUAAUGUGCAGAGUGCAGUUUACUUGCACUGCAGUGUAGUGUCCGCCUUCGUAACUAUAGAGUGUCGCGGAUUGCGCCUUAGCAAUUAGAUCGGUGGCAAGCGCGAUGUCGAAUACAAUAAAUUAUUUAAGUGAAAUAUUUUUUUUAAAUACCUAACUGAUGGAUAAUUUAGUAUAUUGUUGGCUAGAUUUGCAUGACUAAUAUUAUCGUACCAACCACUGUUUAGGAUUAUUUUAAUUUCUUGGGCAAUUCUAAAAUACUUUUAUGAGUAUAUACUAUGCAAGUACAUAUAUAUUUCAGAAACAUUAGUUAAUUCACGUUUAUUGAAUUUGAAUAGACCCCAUACAUAUUAAUUAUUGUAUUCUGCAUUGCGCCGUUUGAUGGCCAUAGAGAAAAUUAUAUUCUACGUUGUUGUUAAUCAGUGUUAUAAAUCUUAUCGUCUCGUUUAAGAGUUACAGUGUUGUAUAGAUCAGUAUGUUUAUUUGUAAAUUCUGAGAUUAUUCUGUUAUUAAUGUAAAAUUUCUUUAAAUAAAUAAAAUUUUCAUAAUCGUU